AUGUCCGCAAACGAGAAGACAAGAAUAUCAGGCAUCACCACCAACGCUCUCACGGGCGAGCGCCAUAUACCCGCCUCAGUCCGAGCUGAUGGCUCCCAGCGCCGUGAGAUUCGCAUACGACCAGGCUACAGUCCUCCAGAGGAUGUGGAGCUGUACAAGAAUCGCGCUGCCGCUUCGUGGAAGGACCGUGGCAAGGCAGGGAUCCCGGGAGCAGAGCUGGCAUCGAACGAGAGCACAACGGCCGGUUUAAAGAACACCAAGAAGAAAGAGGCCAAAAGCAAGGCGAAGGCGAAUAGUGAGACUGCUCCUCAGAAGACAGGCAAAGACACACCUCUCGGCAAGGAAAACUGGAGGCCAACGGCUGAGGCAAAACAAAAGGAAGAACAAACUGAAGUUGACCCCGAAGUCGAGCGAGAGAAGAAGGCGAGAAACCUGAAGAAGAAACUGAAGCAGGCACGCGAGCUACGGGAUAAAAAGGCGAAGGGAGAGAGCCUUCUGCCUGAGCAGUUGGAGAAAAUUACCAGAAUCAACGAGUUGGUACGGCAGCUGGAGUCACUUGAGUUCGAUGCUGAUGGCGAAAAGAAGGCAGACUCGGCGGAAUCCAAGUGA